AAAAUUAUUCUCGACAGAAAGAUGUUCUGUGAAACUGAUGAUUAAGAGUUUAGAUUAGUUGCAUUAUCUCUAGACGAAAAAUUUCACCUUAGACAGAGGCACAUAAGUAAUUAUAUUUGGCUUGAACUAUUGCUAAAUUAGCAGUCAUUACACUAUAUUAAUUAGAUAAAUUGUGUUAAAACAAUAUUUUAGUGGACUUCUCUGAGAACUCAAACCGUAUUUUCAGAUGAAUACUAAUUAUUGAUGAUAGUAAUUUAAACCGGAAGGAUUCCACUAGAAUUUUUAAUUGCUAAAAAGCCAAGAGAAAUGUUAGAUUUACUCAAUGGAGUAAGCUUUUAUGAUUUUUCUUUCUACUUUGGUAUCUUCCUAUUGGCGGCCACUAUACUUAUAGCUGCCUGGAGAUCAACGUAUGUGCCGGGCAUUCAAAAUAUCACUGUGGUUGUUUUGCAACACGCAUCUGGUCGACAAACUGUUGAACGUUUCACUUCCACCGUAAGAUCUUCUGCUACAGAACAAGAAGUUGGCUUGCAAGAGGAGCUUUACGAAGAAAUUUUUCUAACUGCAGAUGAUGACGAUGAAGAUGACGGAGAAGAAGACGAUGAAAAUGAAGAAAAUAGUGGCAUAGAAGAAGCUGCUCUUAGUGAAGAUGUAUUUGAAAGAUUUAGUUACGAAUCUACCAACAGUGUUCUUGAUACUCCUGAACGCCCUGUGGCACCUAAUACUGCUAUGUCUGCUGCAAAUAUGAGUUCCGAAUCGCUGUCAGGGGAACAUAAUCAAGGAGUUGAAGACCUUAAAUCUGUGCCAGAAGUGAGUACUUCUGAAACCCAAUCAGAUGGAACUUCUAUUCCUUCCAGUGACAAUAGUGCUCAUUCUGAUUGCUCAGAAGAUAUUUCUUCAGUGGGAGGUACAUCAAAAUCUCCUGCAUGUGAUACUGACUUCGGUGAAGGCCCUAGCAUUUCAACCUCUGCACCAACAAAAAAUGUUGGAAAUGAAAAUGUACAACCGAGUUUAAAUGUUGACAAUAACAUAAAUGGAAUUAGUUCACACAUGCCGGAAAAUGUUCCAGCAAAACUUCCUGAUAGUCCUUCAUCUUUAGUCGAAAAUUUCACUGAAGACACAUCGGUGACAAGUACUGAUAAGACUUCAAACCCCGAAGUUGAUUGCCCUCCUGGAUCAAUAAGGAUUCGUCUCAAGUACCUGGAUGAUCGCCAACGAACGGUCUUUGACAAACCUACUCAGAAUCUAAUAGGAUUCAAAAGGGCGCAUUUCAAUGCCGAACUGGCGGAACACCGAGUGAUACGAGUGAUCUUCAAUGGCCGGCUGCUGAAGCCCGACAGUUCUACUCUGCAAGAAUGCGGCUUGUUUGACAAUUGCAUCGUUCAUUGCCACGUGUCGCAACCCAAGCCUCCUCCACCUGCACAACCUCAACAAGCAUCAGGGACCAACUCAACCGAGCGUCUGAACCGCGUCGCUCGCAGGCGUUGGCUGCACUUCUUGUGGCAUGCCUCUGUGCCCGACGCGCUGCAUGACGAUGACGCCACGCAGAGUCUCGACUUGUCUAACUAUAUGAGCGCACUUCUUUGGCUGGUGGUUGCAGUGCUCUGGUUCAUGCGCUUCAAACACAACUACUUAUUCUCGACUUUCUCGACGUUUGUGCUGAUAUUCUUGACGAUGCUACUCGUGGUGCCGCACUACAUCUUCUCAGUGGAUGUUCAGUUGAGUGCUAACUUGGAUGGCAACGCCAUGCGUCACCUGGGCAUAGACCGCGUCGUUGUUCUCGAGCGACUGCGCGGCCGCAGGGAGAGCGCUGCUCGCACCCGCCGCGGGGAAGACGAACAAGCCUCCGGGGAGCCACGUCCGCCGAACAGCAGCAGCGUUACCAGUGACACAGACCGACUUCUCGCAUCUGCAAGUUCCCCAAUAUCAAGCGGAGCUUCAAUUAGCUUGCAGUCGCGUGGCCGAGAUGAAUCUGGCAGCACACUCGCCCCGAGUAAUGUUUCAUCGGAGUCUAAUUUACCCACUGCUUGUACCAGUUCUACGGCUUCUGGUAGCAGUGUUGUGAAAAACGAUGAGAAUUCGUCACUUUCUGAGACCUCAUCUUCAAGCAGCAAAAGUAUUAUUACAACGGAAGUAGACAGUCGUGACUUUACGUGAGGAACUCUCGAGACGACAGGUACCGUACUUCGUCUGUUCUCUAGUUACAUGCUAUUCACUAUAUUGGGCAACGAAUUUAUAAAUAAUAAAUUAUUAUUCUUUUGUGUGAUGCGGUCGAAGAGUUAACUUUAGAUUAUUUUUUGUGUUAAAAUAAUAUUCUUCGAUAUUAUUUGGAAGAUUAAAAUUUUCAACCAUUUCAAUUGAGAAGUGUGUUGGCACUUGGUUUGUUUGCAAGUAGAUGGUGUGCGAGGUGUCCCAUACAUACGUUGUACGCGUAUUGUACUUUUAUCCUACCAUAUUCCCUGUAGUGAUUUUUCCUAUGAAUAAUUGACAACUUGAUCCACGAUGUUUCGGACAGAUCCUAAUUCUGUACCACCUCAGGUUAUGGCUUAGUUUACUCAUGGCAACUGGUUUCCAAACGUCUCGAUACGUGUCGGUAGACUGAAAGUGCAUAUUAUAUGCCAGCGCACUGAAAAUAACAUAUAGAGCCGUGAAAACGCACGUCAUGGAUGAGGCGUUUGCCUAUAAAAAUUUUUGGAAGAACAUUAGGCUUUUACUGUUCUUCGAAUAAAACUUUUCACUUUUAUCUCGGCUCCAUUACUAUAAACAUUUGCUUUAUAAUCUGACGUGUAUUGUUUAUAAAUAAUUUGAAGCUAAAUGAUUUAUAAACUUCAAGUUGCUACCAUUUUUGGUUCGAUGUAACUCGUGUCUUGUAAGUGCUAAUUAAUUUUUUAAAUACUUGAAAAAAUCUAGACUCUUAGCUGGAAUCCUUCUGUGUGAUACAUUAUUUCCGCUGUUGCUGUCUAAAUAGUAGAGCUGGAACACGGCUCAAACGCCCUUUCAGUUUAUACUUGCACUUCUCGUCAAUGGACGCUUAUCGCUAGUGUCGAAAGCUCCACUCUUUCUCCCUUCCACGGGCAAUUGUAAAUUUUCGUGACAACUCGCGCUGUACAAUGUUAUUGCUUGCUGACUUUCGUUGCAGCUUUCCGUUCCGGCUGUCGUCAUUACCAGUGUGCGGCUAUUUGUCAGCCCAUUGCUUUUACAUUACUUCUCGUAUAUCCUAAAACUUGUUAAAAAAUUAUCUAUCACGAAGCAAAGAAUGAUCGGUAGAAAAUAUAUGUGCGAAAACAUUUUGGAAUCACCUGAAUGUCUCUUAUAUCGCUUUCCUAUGGUAAUCCUUAUGAAAAUUACUAUGAGAAGCUUACUAUGUUAAUCCUUAUGACAGUUAAGCUUCUCUCUCGCACAUGAUUGAAAGUUCUUUAACACGAGCAUUCUGUCGAUGCACGCCUAGAGCAUUGUUUAUUGCUGUGAUUAUGGUAACACGUUGCAAAUAUACGCACGUAGAUAAAAUAAUAUAAAAUUUGAAGAGUGGAUUGCUGCAAACAUUUUCCCCCCGGAAAAAACUGUAUUUGUGUGGGUUAUAUUAAUUUUUCCAGAUAUAUUCAACGAUUGAGUCAAUGCAAGCAACAAUUCCAGCUCUUCUGCACAUCACGAUGUACCAAAAGUUGACGACUAUCGUGAAUUUAAUAUACUAUUUGUUUAUCGACAAUGCAAUGAUUUUAACUUGAAAUUGACCAAUAUUUGAGAAUAUUUAUCCAAAGAAGAUCGCUUGCAUACUUAUUGCUAUGCCAAAUUGGGGGUAAUAAACUUUUAUUUCGAAUAGAGCUGUUUUUUUUCAUAAUUUCGCUAUUUAAGCUACGUAAUCAAAGUUCUAAUAUAAUAGUUUAGGAAAACACAAAUUAUGGAACAUGUUUGGCUACAAAAUUAUAAAUUACAAACGAUAUUUCUUCUCAUGCAUAUGUGUAGUUAGGAAUUUAAAACAAGGGAAAGUCAUAUUGUGUAGUUGAAAUGAUAAGCAUGAGAUUGGUUUUAAAGCAGACAUGUACUACUUUUUCAACUCAGUUCAUGCAUUACUAAAUGUUCCAUGGCAACGUUUCACUGGCAAUUACUAUCAUGGAAACCUGCUGUUUGAUAAAUUACCUCAACUUUAUAGGCUUUUGCCGGAGUGUUUAUUUUGGAGUUUUACAGUCAUGGAGUUUUACAGGUUACAUUUCGACAAUUCCCAAAUGCUACAGUAACCCGGUAAAAAAUAUGUGCGAUUUUAGAGUAUCUGUGUGGCUAAUAAGGUGUUUCGUGUACGAGUUUCUUCCCAAUAAUCCAGAGCGCUCUAGUGCCAGUCAGACGGCGUGGCUUAGCCCACUUUAAUGACGUGGAUCUUCCUGAUGAGCUCGGGCAGUUCAGAGGAAAGCUGCAGGGCCUCGGCGCACAGCUUGAACUCUUCGUUCCAGAAACAGUUCUUCCUGUGAACAAGUCACGGUGCGGAUGUAGGCUAUGUCAGGCUUUUAUUUUACGUGCAUAUUUUCGAAGCUUUGUUAUUCAUAAUAUUGUACGGUUGUCCAAACGAGAAAAAAAACAAAUAAGGCAUAGACCUGGACAUCGAGGAAGACCGUGUAAUCACAAAUCCAGUUUAUCAAAUAUCACCUGAACCUAUUUUUUAACCAAGGAUCGAUUUACCCUUUUAAAUGACGCGGACUCAAUUUUCAUUACGUGACGCUUGGAAACAUAUUUCAAGUGAUUAAUAUGGAAGUUUAUUUGUGCGUUUCGUUUAAAUACAUUAUGAUUGCA